ACGUCAAAAUUUGUCGCGAAAACUUGUCGAAACUUGUUUUUAUUUACCGGGAAACUGAAAGUGCAAUCAUUAAACCGCUGAAAACUGUGCUUAAAAUUGAUAAAAACCUGGUCUAAAGAGCAAAAUAGUGAAAGAUGUCUCGAGGAAUCCAUGGAACACUAAUAAUUUUAGACAUAGGACGAAAUGUUUCCACCAAAGAUGAGGAAAAAGAAAAAUCAUUUUUUGAAAGAGCGAAAGAGUGUGUAGCUCGUAUUCUAGAACGCAAAAUAUUGAGCCAGGACAAGAGUAUGGUCGGGAUAAUAUUGUUGGGUUCGAAGAAGACGAAUAAUAAAAUGGCAAACGAACAUGCUGGUGCAUUCAAACAUAUUGAAAUAUUCGCGGAGCUGCAAUCUCCUACAUGGAAAAUGAUAAGGAGUCUACCAGAAAAGCCAACAGAAAUUAGAGGAGACUGGUUUGAUGCACUUUUGGUAGCUGCAGACUAUUUUGCCAAUGUAUUCAGUGGUGUUAAACUAGUCAGCAGGAAUAUUGUGCUGAUGACCAACUUUAAGAAGAAGACCACUUUUGAAACUAAUGGCAUUGAUGAGGUCCUAAAUGGAUUCCAAGAACAGGAUUUCCAAGUUAGUGUCAUUGGUCCUGACAUUUACUCCAAAGAAUACGAAAAUGACUCAACAGACAUAAUUAAGCAGUUUGUGGAAGCCACUGGUGGUGUUGCAGGCACUUUGGAAAAUAUCAUGAAAUAUGACCUCCAAUUCCACAGAAAAAAGGUUGUUAAUGCCAAUUCCUGGGAUGUGGACUUAAGUAUUGGUCCAAACAUCAAUAUCCCAGUUUCUUGCUAUAUCAAACUAAAGGAUGAACCAACUGUGAAGAAGUGGGAGAAAUCUGUCAGAAAUCCCGUCACAUGUGCUUCAAGUAAAUCUGAAGCUGUUGUGAAGACUAGAGAAUAUGUCAAUCAGGAAACUGGAAGGACAGUUGAUGCAUCAGAAAAACUAAAAGGGUACCACUACGGACAAGCCAUUAUACCAUUUCAAGACUGUGAUAAGUCAAUGCUCUAUCAGCCUGGUGUUAAAUCGCUUUCAGUGUAUGGAUUCACUUCAGCUGACAAUAUAAAAUGGCAACACCUGAAUGGAGAUGGUUUGUCAUAUGUUUUUGGGAAAAAGGAUGACCCAAAGGCACAAAAAGCUAUCAGGUGCCUGGUAGAAUGUCUCCAUGAACUGAAUCUGGUUGGCAUAGUGCGAAAAGUACAUAACAAUAAUAAUGUACCCAAAAUGUUUGCCCUCAUGCCUGUCAUUGAUACUAAUAACUAUGUAUGUCUUUCAAUGGCAGCUAUCUGUUACAAAGAUGAUAUAAAGCAGAUGUCUUUUCCUGCAACUAAUUUAAAAAAGUAUAAAUGUUCACAAGAGCAAGUGGAUGCUUUCAAAGAGCUUAUUGGAGCUAUGGAUCUGACCAAAGCAUAUGAUGACACAUUUGAUGAUACUGAAGCAUUCCCUGUAGCAGAGUGUGUUAGUCCUUCUGCACAAUAUGUGCUUGACUGCCUCGCUUUCAGAGCUAUGAAUCCUGGAAAACCAUUGCCCGAACCAAGGGAAGAGAUAAUGACUCUAUUCAAAGUUCCACCUCUACUAGAAGAAAAUGCAAAAAAGCCUUUGGAGAAACUGAAAAGCUUGUUCACACUGACAAAGAUUGAAGUCAAGAAAAGGACUAAUAAAAAUGCUCCAAUUGACAUUGAUCAGUUCAAAGCUCCGCUUGGAGUGCCAUCUGAUAAUCCAAACAUUCCCAAUAUGCCUAAAAUACACUUGCCCACUAAAGAUGCUGUGGAUGACAUUAAGAGCAUAAGUACUGUCAACCCUAUAGAGGACUUUAAAACUCUUCAAAAUAAGAACAAGCCCCUGUCAGAGUUAACUACAGAAAUGAUCAAAGCUAUUGAGAGUCUCAUAACCAACAACAUCGAUGGGGACUUUACUAAAGCAUUAGAUGCUAUGGCACACUUGAGAACAGAAUUAUUAAAAUCUGAUCCAACUGAUUAUAACAAUUGGAUCAAAAAAUUGAAAGCUGACCUAGUAGAAUCUGAUAAAAACAGAGUAAUAGAAUUGAUAAUGGCAAAAAAACUCAGUUUUAUUUUGAAAGAGGAAAAUAAUUUGAGCACUUACGAAGAUGAGCAGAGCCAUGAUGAAAGUCAAAUGUAUGAAAAUGAUACAAUUCCAAAUUCUGCUGAAUUUACUAUUAAUACUGAAGUUCAGAACAUGUUUGAUGAUUAGUUUUAGUUAUUAUAAGUAACUUAAGUAUUAUUUGUGAUCUAACAUUUAUUGAAUAAAUUAUUUUGUAUAUUA